AUGAAAAUUCGAGAUUUUAGUGUUUUGUGCAAAACAUUGGAUUACAAAACUUCACAGAAAUUGACGCGCUUAACAAUCAUUGAUGCUUUAAUCGGAUGGAUGAUUCUAGUUUGUCUAGAUAUCACAAUUAUCCAUGAAACAGUCUGGAAUCUUGCUGAAGAUCUAGUACAACAUCUAGACAACGUGAUAACAAUUCUAGAAAACAAUCCAGCUGGGCUCAAAUUGAUUAUACCUGUUAAUCAAACUCUGUCAAGCUUUUUUCGAUAUCACAUUUAUCUCUGGACAAGUGAGUUUAAAAAAGUAAAAUUUGAAAAUGAGCAAAAAAUAUUUCAGCAUUCAUUCAUUUUCUGAAAUAUCCUCAAAUGACUCGAUUUGUCAUUUGCUUUUUGCUGGCCGGAUUUACCACAUUUUUGGCUGCACUUUGUGAUGUUUGCAAGUUUUUCUUCAUUCAUUUUUUGUGCUUCGAUGCAUAUGCGACAAGGUGAGAUUUUAUCAAGAAAAAUUGGAAAAUUUCUGAAUUUUGUUCGAAUUUAAAAAAAUUUCGCAAUUUUUAGUUCACGUCACAAUUUUCUAGUGAUAAUAUUUGUUUUGGAAAACUGAUGCAAAUGUUAGUUCAAUCACAGACCAUGAAUUUUUCUUUUCUAAUUUCAAAAGCACAAAAAAAAAUAUUUGGACAGCGUGGGGAACCUUUUCAAAAAAAUCCACCGAAAUGAACACGCAACGCAGACCGCGCCGCGCUAAAACACACACAAAUAAGGGAACGAUUCAAAUUCCCUCCCUUUUUUUGUGUGUUGUGGCGCGGUGCGGUCUGCGUUGCGUGUUAAUUACGGUGGAGCGCAUGAGAUUUUCGAUAAUUCAACAAUAAUUUUUUCCAGAUUAUGGUCAGUUUGCAGUUACACACUAAAAGAAUUAUGGGGACUUGUACGCGGCAAAAAAUGGAAUCCGCUGAGAAAACGAAAUGAUAACGUGAGUUUCAGUCAAAAAAAAAUAAAUUUAUGA